AUGACUGAUCCACACAUGCUUCCUCCCAUUGAUGACUUCCGAUUAUCUAGCAUUCUGAAUCAUCUAGAGGACGACAAUGCUGAAAGCGAUAAGGGAGCAGUCCUAAGACACGUCGUCAACUCAAUCGUUAAGGUGGAUCAGAAUUAUGUCAAUGACAUUGCGUUCGAGCUGGAACGGCUGUUUUUGAAGGUGGAACUGGAGGACAUCAUCAAGCAGAGGAUGGACCGUCUCAGAUCCUCCAUUCAGAAAAAUGACAAAUUUCUGACGAUGCAAUUGCAGGAGUUGAAACAGACGCGAACGAGUUCGUUCAACUCGUAUCUGUUUCCCAAUAUGUCACACAGCAGUUUGGGGAGCCACACUUUGGGGAACCACAGUGCUGAUGAUCUGGGACACGAUGCGUUCGAUCCCCAGACAGACGUGUUGGAUCUGAAGGAAUUGCACGAGUUGACGCUUGAAUCGAAAAAAAGGUUCCAGCGAAUCACGAUGAAGAUGAAGACAAUUGAAUCAAACCUGCCGAGAAGAGACAGGCUGUUUGUGACGAAUUCUCCCCACAGACAUCAUUACCCUCGUUUGGCGAAGUUCGGGCUUCAAGAGGAGGCAAGUCCCCGAGAAGAUCAUUUGGCCGGAGAAGCAAGUUCUGGUGCUGCAUCUCACGAAGAACCAUUAGCUGAUCCCGUAGAACCUAUCAGUGAUAUCAAAUUGAACCAAUACAUCCAGCUGGAGCAGGAGUUGAGCGAACUGGAAAGACAGUCAAAGACACCACCAAGCAGACGAACGCAUCCAAUGGGACUCGCGACUUUGGGCAUAUCUCCUAUCAGAAAAGACAGUGUUAAUCCAACAAGUCUGCUUCUUGGAAUAAACCAUAUGACUCAAAAAUCCAACGUGGAACUCAACUCGGAGACCGUUCUGGUCAAGGACUUGAGUGCCAACGAAGUCACAAAUAACGACAACUACAUUGAUGAUCUGAAAAAAUAUAUCCAUAACUGA